AUGCUCGCACCUAAGCUACGCUGCAGCGCAGCCAUCAAACACAGACUGUGCAUUACAAAAUUGCCACUACAAGGCCAUGGGCGGAAGUUGGUCAUGCUGCCAGUGCCAGCAAACAUCCAACAAGCUUGGGUGGUGCACCAACAUCAUCUGGAAGACGUCGGACGACCCAGUCAACGUCCCAAGAGCAGCGUAUCGACAGGAGCCUUGUGCUCAUGGAUGUUGCGAGAGAUGCAGCAGAUCCACUGCCACAUGCGCCACCUCGCCCGGAAUGACAUUCCCCGAAUUGCGCAAGGGGACGGCGAGCCGCAAGUUCGGCUUCAUCCGGCGCCGCGAUCGUCGCACCGGCGUGGGUCGGCGUUCUCCCUCCUCGGAGGGUUCCCGCCCGUCAGCGAAGAGGAAACAGAGCUUGAAGCCGCCGGUUCCGAGGCGUCAGGGUAUGGCUCGUCGACAGCGCCUACAAAAUCGCAGUGCUCGAGAACUUCGUCUUCGUCUACGAGCGCGAGCAGCGUCGCGUCCUCACACUACGAGGAACUUGACAGGGGUCUCGUCGGGGUGGCGGCUGGGCAACGGAAGCAUAGAAGCUCGGGGUCCUCGGGGAAGGGACACGUGGGGAAGAAACACAAGACUCGGGCCUGUUAG